AAUAUUUAAUGCUUAAUACUAAAAGCUACCUUGUUAAACAAUAAUAAAGCAAUAAUUAACAGUAAUAAAAUAAUAAAAAGAAUAACAACAGAAAUGCAAUAUAAUAAUAGCAAUAUCCAAGACGAUGUUAUGUUAAGUCAUAAUAUUGACAGUUGGAAAUCUUAUACAUAUAUAUACGAUGUUGCCAUUGAUUAUUUAUUAAAACUACAUGCACCAACUAUUCAAGAUUUCCAAAAGGUAUUAUCAAGCGAAGUUGCAUCCGAACAGGUUAUUCGUUCAGCAUUCUAUUCAGCAUUCUAUACAAAACAAAAUAUAAUAAAUAAAAAUAAUUUUAGAACCAAUAAUAAUAAUAAUAAUAAUAAUAAUAGACACCACAAUAAAAAUAUUGAAAUUAUUGACGAAAAUAAUGAUACACAAGAGAUUAUAGAAGAAAUAUAUGUAAAUCAAUCAUGGUUGGAUUAUUUCUCAAGUAGAAUUCAAUAUAAAAGUUCAAACAAUAUAAUAUUUAAAGUUAAAAGAUUUAAAAAGAGCGCAUUAGAAGAAGUGUUUGGACUUCCAACAAGCAAUGGUAGCAAGCAUAAAAAUGAACAAUAUUUAUCAAAUAAUUUAUUUAAAAAGAUCAAGACCGAAAAUGACCCAAAUCUUUAUUUUAAGCCACAAGACACCUCGCCAAUUAAAAAUAAUAAUGGAUUUAAUGACGACGACAACUAUUUAAGAGUAGAGGAAGAUAGCGAUGAUUCAGUGCUCAAGUAUAAAUAUGAAAAAGAUUUUAUUUUAGUUAAAGAUGGUAAACCAUUAAUCAUCACACUCUCACCUGAUUGGGGCAUGCCCUUUCAUAUUAAAAGCGAAGUGCAACAAGUCGAUACAAAUAUACCCUUCCCACAAUCACCAAAUAAUAAGAAUGGAAAUAAUAAAAAUAAUAAUAAUAAUAAUAAUAAAAACAAUAAAAACAAUAACAAUCCAAAUAGAAACAAUAGAGGAAAUGGAAAAAACAAAGAUGAUGAUGAAUCAUGGUGCGGUUUAAUGUAA